GGUCUGGGGGCUCAGGGGCCCCUCAUCCGCUGAGAGAGCAUCGUUGGGGGCCACCACUUCUCUUUUCUGGAAGCCACAGUCGGCCAGGCAGCGUCAGCAAGUGGGCAUUACUCCACAGUUGGCACGAGAGGAUGCCAAGGGAGUGGCCAAGCCUCGCUCGCUCUAGCGUCCCGGGGAUGCCCACAUGGCACCGAGUUUGCUGCUCAGACCAAGCGAGCACGCUUUAAUGGGGCGGGGGGCGCACUGAUAUGUGUCUGCGCCUCCAUUUUUUUCUCCUAAGGAGCCGUCUGGAAGCGUUCGCCGGGCUCUGGGGGGCGCGUGUGAAACCGUGCGCGAGAAGGGAGGGGAGACCUCCGUCCAGGUGGAAGGGGGCGCCGGGGAGGGAGAGAGCAGGGAAACCCCGCAGAGGGACCGGGCAGGGCGGGAGCACUCCGGGGUGCAGGCGAACCGGCCGUGACCCGGAUGGGGGGCAGGGCGCCGCGCCCGGGUCCCCGUUACCCGGCAACAGCGCCAGCGCGCCCGCCUCCCCCGCCGGCUCCCGCCCGGCCCCGCUCCGGCCGCCGCCGCCCCUGUUUUGUUUCCUUGGCGACAGGCGGCGCGGGGAAGUCUCCAAACAUAACGCGCAGUGGAAAACACGCGGCUCGGGGGCCUCCCCCCGCAGCCCCCGCUCGGGGCCGCGUCCUGCGGGGCCCGGGAGCAGGCCCGGCCACGUGCAGCGCGGGGAGAGUCCCAGGCGCUGGCCCCGGCCCGAGAGAGCCCUUUCUCCGGGGCUCGCCCAGCCUCGGGGGCUUCUUCGCUGCCCGCGGCAGCGGCGCCUAGACCCGCCGAGACGCCCCCAGACGCCGGCCCUUCCCCCACUCCGGGAGCCGCCUCUGGAUCCAGCACGGCCGCCCGCCCCGAAUCCCUCGGCGACGCCCCUCGGCGCCCCGCCACCUCGGAAGCCGCGAGCGGAGGCGCCGCCCCCGGAGGCGGGGCCUGCGGGGCCACCGCCCGCGCGGGAGGCGGUACUUCCGGGACAGAGGGCGGGCAAGAUGGCGGCGCCCAUGGAGCUCUACUGCUGGGCCGGGGGCUGGGGGCUGCCGUCGGUGGACCUGGACUGCCUGGCCGUGCUGGCCUAUGCCAGAUUUACUGGUGCCCCACUCAAGGUGCACAAGAUCACCAACCCCUGGCGGAGCCCUUCAGGGACUCUGCCUGCUCUUCGGACCGCUCAGGGAGAGAUCAUCUCAGUACCAUGCAGGAUCAUCAGCCAGCUCCGGAAAGAGAAGUACAAUGCAGAUUACGAUCUGUCAGCGAGGCAGGGGGCAGACACGUUGGCCUUCCUGUCUCUGCUCGAGGAGAAGCUGCUGCCUGUCCUGAUUCACACUUUUUGGGUGGAUGCCAAGAACUACGUGGAAGUGACCCGGAAGUGGUACGCAGAAGCCAUGCCAUUCCCCCUCAACUUUUUCCUGCCUGGCCGCAUGCAGCGGCAGCACAUGGAGCGCCUGCAGCUGCUGUGUGGCGAGCACAGGCCCGAGGAGGAGGAGCAGCUGGAGAAGGAGCUGUACCAGGAGGCGCGGGAAUGCCUCACCCUUCUCUCCCAGCGCCUGGGCACGCAGAAAUUCUUCUUCGAAGACACCCCUACCUACCUGGACGCCUUUGUCUUCAGCUACUUGGCGCUGCUUCUGCAGGCCAAGCUGCCCAGCGGCAAGCUGCAGGCCCACGUGCGGGCACUGCCCAACCUCUGCGCUUACUGUACUCACAUCCUCAGCCUCUACUUCCCCUGGGAUGGAGCUGAGGGGCCACCUCCACGCCACCCACCCACGGGCCCAGAGGCUGAGGAGGAGCCGUACCGGCGCCGGACCCAGAUCCUUUCGGUGCUGGCAGGGCUGACCGCCAUGGUGGGCUAUGCCCUGCUCAGCGGCAUCGUCUCUAUCCAGCGGGCCACGCCAGCCCGGACCCCAGGCACACGGGCCCUGGGCAUGGCCGAGGAGGACGAAGAGGAAUGAUUCGUCCUUGUGUCUCUCACCCCACCCCCGGACUGGUUUUUCUACUGCCACGCAUUCCAGGGUCCCCCAGGUCUUCCUGUUGGUAUGGCCAAACACUGGGUGCCAUCCCCAGAAUAAAUUGCUCCCUGACAGG